UGACUUUUGAUACCCUCUCUGAAAUGUCUUCUUCUUCAUCUUCAAGCAGAUGCCCUCCAUUUGACUUCUCUGCCAAAUAUUACACUUCUAAUGGUGCAAUUAGUUGCGAAAGGCAGAGCAGCUUCUUUGAAGGUCAUCCAGUACUGAAUCAAGGAAUCGGAUAUUCCAUCAUUCUUGGAUUUGGGGCUUUCUUCGCCUUCUUCACCUCUUUUCUCGUUUGGCUGGAGAAACGAUAUGUGGGUUCUCGUCAUACAUCAGAAUGGUUUAACACUGCAGGUAGAAGUGUUAAAACUGGACUCAUUGCCAGUGUUAUAGUCUCACAGUGGACAUGGGCUGCUACGAUUUUGCAAAGUUCAAACGUAGCUUGGGAGUAUGGCGUUAGCGGUCCUUUCUGGUACGCCAGUGGAGCCACUAUACAGGUACUCUUGUUCGGAAUCAUUGCAAUAGAGAUCAAAAGGAAAGCUCCAAACGCUCAUACUGUUUGUGAAAUCGUCAGAGCUCGAUGGGGAAGAACAGCUCACCUCGUCUUCCUCACAUUCUGCUUCAUGACCAACAUCAUCGUAACCGCCAUGCUUCUUCUCGGUGGCUCCGCCGUCGUCAACGCCCUCACCGGAGUAAAUAUCUACGCCGCCAGUUUCCUAAUCCCACUUGGGGUCGUCGUUUACACACUUGCCGGUGGCCUAAAAGCCACUUUUCUCGCCAGUUACAUUCAUUCUGUAAUAGUACACGUGGUUUUGGUCAUAUUUGUGUACUUGGUAUACACAUCAUCUAGUAGCGAACUUGGAAGCCCUAGUAUUAUGUAUGAUCGACUCUUGCAAGUCGCAAGCAAAUCGAGAAUCUGUCAAGAACCCAUUUCGCAUUCUAAUCAAUCGUGUGGUCCUGUAACUGGGAAUCACAAAGGUUCUUACUUAACCAUGAUGAGCUCCGGCGGUCUGGUUUUCGGAAUCAUCAAUAUUGUUGGCAAUUUCGGAACUGUCUUUGUUGACAACGGUUAUUGGGUGAGCGCCAUUGCAGCACGACCUUCGUCUACACAUAAAGGGUAUUUGUUAGGUGGGUUAGUCUGGUUUGCUGUUCCUUUCUCAUUGGCGACAUCUUUAGGGCUUGGUGCUUUGGCUCUUGAUCUUCCCAUAACAGCUAGUGAGGCUAGUCAUGGUUUGGUUCCUCCUGCAACUGCUAUUGCUUUGAUGGGGAAAACUGGUUCUGUUAUUCUCCUUACAAUGCUUUUCAUGGCGGUUACAUCUGCAGGCUCGUCAGAGUUAAUAGCGGUCUCAUCUCUAUGCACUUACGAUAUCUACCGAACAUAUGUGAAUCCAGAUGCGAGUGGAGAGCAGAUCCUUAAGGUUUCUCGAGGUGUUAUAAUGGCGUUUGGUUGUUUCAUGGGAAUUCUAGCUGUUUUGCUAAACAAGGCUGGAGUAUCGCUCGGUUGGAUGUACCUUGCAAUGGGAGUGUUCAUUGGCUCAGCGGUUCUCCCCAUAGCUUUCAUGCUUCUUUGGAGGAAAGCGAACGCUGUUGGGGCGAUUAUGGGAGCAGUUAUGGGCUGCGUUUUGGGAGUUAUAAGUUGGUUGUCGGUUGCGAGUUUGGAGUAUGGAAGGGUAAAUCUCGAUACGACCGGUAGGAAUGCUCCAAUGCUGGCGGGGAAUUUGGUGUCGAUUUUGACUGGUGGGCUUGUUCAUGCCGUUUGUAGUUUCUUGUGGCCUCAGAACUACGAUUGGGAGACGACUAAGAAGAUUACCAUGGUUGAGAAAGAUGCGACUCAUUUGCCUGCGGAUGAAUUCAUGGAAGAGAAGCUUGAUAAGGCGAAAUGGUGGAUUGUAAAAUGGGGUUUUGGUUUUACCGUUGUUAUUGCUCUUCUUUGGCCUCUCUUAUCUCUUCCCGCAGGGCAAUUUAGUAAAGGGUACUUCACAGUAUGGGCAAUCAUAUCCAUUGCGUGGGGAACCAUUGGAUCCGCGGUUAUUAUCUUUAUGCCUUUGAUAGAAAGUUGGAGCACAAUUCGGGUUGUGCUUGUGGGCAUUUUCACCAAUGUGAAGAAGAAGGAAGAAUCGGACUUAAAGCUUGAAUCGAUAGUGUCUUCUAUACCCGAAGACCAGAAGAAAGGAAGGUUAGAUCAGGACACCCAAAUAAUCCAGGCCUAGGAUAUAUUUUAAAUAGUAUUAUUAUUAUUUGAAUGUUGAAGUUUCUAUUUUGAAAAUAAGCUUCCAAAGUAACAUAUACCAUAUAUGUUGUUUAUAAAAAAAAAUUGUAAUGGAAUGCUAAAUCUGUCA